AGACCAUUCACAACUCAACAUGCCACUGGAUGAUCUCCAACCACUCCGGGUGCGAGACAUGGUCUUCUCAAACACAACUCCACAUGAAACAAUCUCCACCAGUCUAGAACGCAUCGUGGAAUCAGUAAGGUGUUCUUCUGGUGUCAUCUUCAGCACAUUCUAUGACCUCGAAGAUGCUGAGCUCCAAAAGGUCAGUGAUAGCAUGGGUGUCCCAGUGUACGCGAUUGGUCCGCUUCACAAGAUAUCUUCAGGUACCCAGAGCAGCCUGCUGGCUCCAGAUCGAACUUGUUUGGACUGGCUGGACAAGCAGGAGGAAGAGUCUGUUUUGUUCGUGAGCUUUGGGAGCUUGGCGUCGAUGGACCAGGAAGAGCUAAUGGAGACUGCAUUGGGCUUGGCCAAUAGCCGCAUUCCAUUUCUUUGGGUGAUCAGGCAUGACUUGCUUCAUGGUUUGGAGAAGGUAGGCCUACCUGAUGGCUUUGAGGUAGAGACACAAGGUAGGGGAAUGGUGGUGAGCUGGGCCCCACAACAAGAAGUUCUUGGGCACCAGGCGGUUGGUGGAUUUUGGACCCAUAAUGGCUGGAACUCGACGUUGGAGAGCAUAAGUGAGGGUGUUCCAAUGCUAUGUAGACCCCAUUUCGCCGACCAGAUGAUAAAUGCAAGGUAUGUCCAGGAGGUGUGGAAGAUAGGAUUUGAGUUAGAAGGCAAGUUGGAGAGGGGGGAGAUCGAGAGGAAUGUUCGAAACUUAUUGUGCCAAGAAGAAGGUGCGGAAAUGAGGCGAAGGGCAAAAGAUCUGAAGGACAAAGCAAUCCGAUGCAUCAAGAAAGGAGGCUCUUCGCAAACUAGAAUUGAUUUGUUGGUGAAUUUUAUAACGUCGCUACCUUCUUCCAUUUAGAAGAGAUAUGUUUCCUAUUUUCAUGUGGAUUCGGUCUUCAAACUUAGAAUGUCGUGAUAGUGGGCUUGUUUUGCAUAUGAGCGAAGGCUUACAUACUGCUUAAUACAUUUCUGCCAACUUCUACACAAUUCUUUUUCUAUGGAAACUUUUGCAUAA